AUGACUCCGACCAACGUACUAGUAGCGUCGCCCGUGAACGGAAUGGUGGGGCUCGAGAUGUGCUCGGCUACGCCGCCUGCGCACUGCAAGUCGCCACGCACGCCACGGUUCCUGCAGCGCUCGGGGAUUCGGUUACUUGAGCAGAUUGCAGCCGAUACAGCAGCAGAAGGUGAUGCGGCCACGAUUCGCGAACCGUCCAAAGCUGCUGCAGUCGUAGAGGCGCGUUCCGAUGAUGGCAUUGCAGUAUCGACUGCGGCCACGCGGAAGCGACAGUCGCUGUCGUCACCCACCACGUCAGCAGGGACGUUAGACAGUGAAGGCCCCGAGACAAGUCCCGACGAGCUUGAAGACUUGCACCCCUCUCAGCCGCUGGUAGAGGAGGGUAAGGCAAAGCCGCUGACGCUGUCAACGACGUGCGGGGGCGUGGUGAAGAUCCGAGAGCGCAAACGACGCAAAAUCGAGACCGCUCUCAAGAGGUUUCACGAAGACGAGACCAAGGCCCAGCGCUGUGUCGAGUACACGACCAUUUGCCACCCGAGAUGCGGUGGUGACACGAUCGAAGCAAACAGGCGACGAAAGGCGGCCAAGAUGCGCGUGCAAGUCGGUGUGUCGCUUGCACAAGGUGCCCGGCCGUACAUGGAAGAUCGGUACUCGGUGGUAGAGCGCUUGUCUGAACACGAAGUAGACAACGAGUCGUCUCCCAGCCUGCUGGCGGUGUAUGAUGGCCACAACGGUGCAUAUGCGUCCGAGUAUGCCCGUCGACGGUUCAAGAACUUGCUGGGCGAGAAUGAAGACCUUGUGCAAAUCAGUCGACGUGCGCGGCACGAGAAACUGACUGAUGCCGACGUAGCGAGUAUUCGCACCCUUUUGGCUGACGCUUUUGCGACUGUAGAUGCUGAGAUUUUGCAGCGCACUGUCAUUUUAAACAAGCGUGAUGGAUCGACAGUGCUGCUGGGACUACUGGUCGGCGGUAAGCUGUUUGUUGCAAAUGUUGGCGACUCGCGCGGUGUGUUGGCUCAGCCGGACGGGAACAGUGAUGCAAGUGAUGGAGAGGUCGGAGGAGAUGUGUCAAGUGCCGUGCGUCUCUCUGUUGAUCACAAACCAGAUCUGAAGGAGGAGACGGAUCGGGUGGAAGAGGCGGGAGGUAAGGUCAUCUUCUCUGGAUGCUGGCGUGUAGCCCACGAUCAGAUCUCGCUACGUCUGGCCAUUAGCCGGUCGUUGGGUGACCAUCCACUAAAGACGAACCUACCGCCGUCGUGCUCCGCCCCGCUCGUGUCUGUGGUCCCGGAUGUUCGCGUGUUCAAUGUGGAAGCAGCCGGCGAGUUCCUCGUGUUUGCAAGCGAUGGUCUCUGGGACCGUCUAAGUGAUGACGAUGCUGCCAAAAUCGUGCGGACAAAGGUGGCUGAGUACCACUGGUCGGAGGAACGCACAAGUCCCGACAAUGUAAAAAAGGAGGCGCUUCAAUUUGCAGCCGAUGCUCUCGUGGAGGCUGCCCUGCUCAAGCGCAGCAUGGACAAUAUCACGGCCAUGGUCGUCUCGUUUUCAGAGCUGCGCGACAAAUAG